AUGGCCGCAAGAAGCCGGGUAAAAGAUCUCCAAGAGGCUGUUAUCUGUUCCAUUUGCCUGGCUUAUUUUAACGAUCCGGUGAUUCUCAAGUGCGGGCACAAUUUCUGCCGAUCCUGCAUCAGUCAGUACUGCAAGGAGUCCAAAACCUCCCCCUCCUAUCCCUGCCCUCAGUGCAGAGAACCGUUCCAGGAAGGAGAAUUCCAGCCCAACCGGCAGCUGAGGAAUGUAGUUGAAAUAGCCAAAAAAUUCCCAGAGCCAAGGGGGAAGAAAGCGUGUGAAAAACACGAGGAACUUUUAAAACUCUUCUGUGAAGUGGAUCAAACCCCCAUCUGUGUGGUGUGCAGAGAGUCCCGCAGUCACAAAGACCACUCCGUGCUGCCUGUUGAUGAAGCUGCUGUGGAUUACCAGGAAAAAAUUCGGAUCCGUUUGGAGAGUUUGAAAAAAGAGAGAGACGAGAUUCUGUCGUAUAAAUCGAGUGGGGAAAAAACAAGCCAGGAACUACUGAAACAGCUGGAAACUGGGAGGCAGAAGAUUGUGGCUGACUUUCAGCAACUGCGCCAGUUUCUGGAGGAACAAGAGCGACUCCUGCUGGCCCAGCUGGAAGAGCUGAAUAAGGAAAUUGAAAAGAGGAGGGAUGAGUAUGUUGCCAAACUAUCUGAGGAACUAUCCUCUUUCAGUUCCCUGAUUAGUGAGAUGGAGCAGAAGUGCCAGCUGCCGGCAUGUGAAUUCCUGCAGGACAUCAAAGGCACCUUGAGCAGAUGCGAGACGGAGAAGUUUCAGAACCCAGUGGCCUUUUCUUCUGACCUGAAAUGGAGAAUCUGGGAAUCUUCUCAAAGAAAUGCCUCUGUGGAGCCCAUAAUGAAGAAAUUCACAGACUCACUGUCAUCUAAACCUCAGUGGGACAAAG